UAAUAAUUCAAUACCAAUCUAUUUGUAUUUUCAUUAAUGGGUUUUUUUCUUUUUCCUUUUUUAUGGGUAAAAAUUGUUUUUUUAAUCAUUGAUCUUGUGUUUAUAUUCCAUGUGUAGAUUAUAUUUUAAAAUUUUUUAGGGUAUCUGAUUUUUUUUUUUACUUUGGAUUGUAUCAAGAAAAUUACACUGUUGGUUGCUGAUAAAGUAUGGGAAAUUGAAUUGGUUUAGAGAAUUUUGUUAACAUUUGUUUUCUUUUCUUUUCUUUCAUUAAUUGAAUUAAAAAUUGCUUUUUCCCCGAAAUUGUAAAAUUUGACGAAUAUGGAGUGGUUUAAAGUUUAUGAAUUUUUGGUUAAAAGGAAGAUUUUGAUUACUUAUUCAACCUUUUUUUUUUAAAAAAAAAUUUAGUGACUUUGUUUUUCUAAGAUGAAAUCAAGGUUUUUUUAUGUGUGGAUAUCAGUAAAAGAAUUAAUCAUAUUUACUUGAUCUUUGUUUUUCUGUUUUUGUGUUUUUUGUUGAAAUUGUGAUAGAGGUGUAGAGAUGUAUGGCUUGUGCAAAACCCCCGUUGAUGAUGUUUCAACCAUUAAAUAAAUUUGCCUUUUAUCCAAAAAAAGGAUGUUUCAACUAUGCUAAUAGCCUAAGAAAUAGGGGUUUAUGUUUGAAAAGCAACCUGCGCUAUAUAGGGAUGGUUGGGAUGUGUAGUUGAUUGGUUGUAACUAUCUUUUUGUUUUUGUAUGUGUUUAUGUGUGUGUGCAUGCCUCUUGGGUCAUGUAGUUACAGUAAGGAUCAGAAUAUUGUUGUUAUGCCAUGUGAGAAAUUUGAAACGAGGUUGACGCAUGACAUUUUGUUGUAAGCUUUGUUAGGACGUAUACAUUGGUAGAUGGUAAAUUAGUAUAUUGUUAAUUUUGAUUGUGGCAAAUGAGCUCGGUUUGAGCUACAGAAUCAUGGCUAAAGAUGUCUAUAUCUGGAUGCAUUUUGUUAAAUCAUGAUGACAAGCAAAGCUAUGGGCUUUACUUUUUUAAGGAUUUGGGUGCUCAAAAAAUGAAAGGAAAGAGAAAAAAAAAAAAUGAAAAGCUGAUAAUACAUCAUCUGAAAGUUUGUAGGAUCAGGAUUGAGGAACACUACGGCAAUUGUGAACUCAUAGUCAUAGAUGGUUCCAAAUAUGAGCUGCUGGACUCUUAGCUGACGAAUUGUUAAACAAGCAGAUCAGUAAGCUUCUGGGAUUCAAAGGGACUGAAAAUGGAAAAGCCAGUGGAGUCAGAUAGGAUUAGUAAUCUGCCAUGGGAUGUAUUGAACAGCAUCCUUAUGCACCUGCCGCUAAGAGAUGCAGCUAGGACUAGUCUCUUAUCAAGGACAUGGAAAUAUAAGUGGACUAACCUCUCACAGUUUGUUAUCGAUGAUAAAUGCUUCCCCAAUUCUUUGCCAGACAAAGCCAGAUGGGGAGAGGUUAGGAGAAUCUUUAACCACGUUCGAUCAAAUCACAGUGGGCCAAUAGAGAAGUUCAAACUUGCUGCUUAUUGCUAUCCAGACCAUUCGGAUUUAGAUGAGUGGAUAAUUUUUCUGACAUUUAAUGGUAUCAAGGAGUUAAUUCUACAGGACUUCAGUGUUAUUAGGCGUUUUAAAUUGCCUCCAUGCCUUUUUUCUUGUCCUCAACUAAUUUGCUUAGAGCUUCAUGGCUGCAUUUUCAAGCUCCCUACCACAUUUGGAGGUUUUAAUUGUCUCAAAAGCCUUACGCUCACUCAGGUUUCCAUUAUUAGUGAGACAUUAGAACGUUUGAUUCAUAGCUGCCCUAUUCUUGAGAGACUGACCCUAUUGAACAUUGAUCAUUUAGCAAUUCUUAGAAUCCAUAAUCAGAACCUGAAGUACUUGAAAGUAGAUUCUGAAUUUGAAGAUAUCUCUCUUGAAAGCUGUCCACUUUUGGCUAGUGUUGAUAUUCACAUGAUCCCCAUGGAUGGAAGAACUGUCCCUCGGAAAUUAGAGAAAGGGAAUCCUUCUAAUUUAAUCAGAGUUUUGGGCUGUCUACAUGGUAUCAAGAAGCUUUCUUUGUCCUCUGACUUUAUUAAGUUUCUAGCUAAUGGCAGUUUACCGGAGAGAUUUCCAACACCGCUCUUGAAUCUUUUAUUUCUGGACCUUAAAAAAAUAACAUUUAGCAGUUUUAAGGAUGUUGCAGCUUUCUUUUCCAUACUUAGAAGCUCCCCAAAGUUAGAGGAACUCGUUAUAUCAGUUGUCUAUUCAAAUCAGGCCUGCAGACGUGUUCUUGGUUUUCUGAAAGAACAGUCCCGAUAUGAUUUCUUCUUCAGCCAACUUAAAGUGGUGAGGAUCAGAGGCCUCCAUGGCACCAAACCUGAAUGGGAAUUUUUAAAGCUAAUACUUGCUCAUUCUCCUGUCCUUGAGACAUUGACUAUAGUAAAAUAUGAAACUGGGAGGCUUCGUGAAUCAUUGUUGCUGGACGUUGAGAGAGCUUCUGAAAAUUUGAAGAUCAUGAGCUUAACAUUGUAGGCCAUCUUAAAAUGCUGGUAAAAGGAUUCCUCAAUCAUUGUUACUACAAACUGAGGGGGGUUCAUUAUACGACAGGUGCUAGUUUUAGAUAGACAUAUUGUAUAUGUCAUGGAUUUACCUGUUUCUUGCACAUUUUGUACUAUUAGAGUAUUUCUUCUUAAGUUGUAAAGAGAUCAUGAACGACAUUGCAGUGUAAACAAAUAUUCUCCCAAGGCAAGUAGAUUACGUGGGAAAACAUCGUGUGAAUGUCUUAUUCAAGAUGGGGGCUAUAAUGUUUAGGAAACCUGGGUUUGGAUGUUCCAUAUAGUUUAAAUAUAGCAUGAAAGUUACAGUAUGGAAUGGAAUACAGCACUUUUUGCAAACUUUUUACAGGCUGGAUCAAUCUGCUGCUGCUACUAGAUUUUGAUUAGAGAUAAAUUAUAAUAGUUAAGUCAGAAAGGUAAGCAGUGGCUAAGAAGCUUCCAAUCUUGUAAAUUUCUUGGCGAGUAAGUGGUUCUUGCUCCAGAGAUGCAAGGAUUUUGAUCUGUCCUCAGCUUGUCAAUUUUUCAAUUGUGGUGCUGGCAUGGUAACUUCAUUUUUUUGAGAGGAUCAUAUCAAAGAAAGGAUAUUUGCCCAAAUGCUGCGUUUUGGUUACUGAAACAGUUUGACAGUUUUAUUUAUGUAAUACUACUUUAAUUAAAAAUGGAAAUUU